AUGGAUGUUCUUUUUGAUGAGAUAAGAACGGCAUGGCAAGCCAUACCAGUGGCACGCUGUCAGAAUCUAAUUACAUCAAUGCGCAAUAGGUUUGCCGAACCCAAAUAUUGGAUUUCACAAGUUCUUGCUGAUGUACUCGUCGAUGUGGAAUGUGAUGCCCGACGGCUGGAUAAAGUACUGCAAAUGCUUAAUCGUGAGGUACAAUCCGUAAAUUAUACAACCGUACAUCCAAUGUUUCGUGCGCCAUCCUUAUCAACACGCUCUAGCUUUGAUUUUGGCGAUAUGGUUUGGUUUCCGCGCAAAAUUUCCGACCUGGAUAAGGCGCAAAAUGUGCUAAUGUACGGUUCCGAGCUGGAUGCUGAUCAUCCAGGUUUCAAAGAUCCCAUUUAUCGCAAGCGACGCGAGCAAUUUACCGCCAUAGCGAACAACUAUAAGAACGGGCAACCAAUACCACGUGUGACCUACACGCCGGAUGAGAUAAAAACUUGGGGCACCGUCUUUCUUGAACUGCAUCGUCUCUAUGCCAAACAUGCAGUGCCGGAGUAUAUGGAAAAUUGGCCCGAAUUGGUUAAGUACUGUGGUUAUCGUGAGGACAAUCUGCCGCAAUUGGAGGAUGUUAGCAACUAUUUGAAACGCAAGACGGGCUUUCAACUACGUCCCGUAGCUGGGUAUUUAUCACCACGUGACUUUUUGUCUGGUUUGGCUUUUCGUGUAUUCCAUUGUACACAAUAUAUAAGACAUUCUUCAGAUCCGUUUUACACACCGGAACCUGACUGCUGUCACGAGCUUUUGGGUCAUAUGCCUCUGCUAGCUAAUGCCAGUUUUGCUCAAUUCUCACAGGAAAUCGGUUUGGCCUCAUUGGGUGCGGAGGAUGCAGAUAUUGAAAAAUUAGCAACGUUAUAUUUUUUCACGGUUGAAUUUGGGCUGUGCAAGCAACAGGAUAAUACAUUCAAGGUAUACGGCGCUGGUCUUUUAAGCUCUGUAGCCGAACUACAACAUGCUAUAACCGCUGCGGACAAAAUAAAAAAAUUCGAUCCGGAUAUAACUUGUCAAGAAGAAUGUAUUAUAACAUCCUAUCAAAAUGCUUACUACUACACCGAUUCAUUCGAGGAGGCCAAGGAGCAAAUGAGGUAUAACUAUUUAUAAGUAGUAUUUAGAUGAGUAAGGCCACGUUAAGAGUACUACGAAAAUUUUGCAGUCAUGGAAAAGAUAAGAAUAUGUAUUUUCAAAACUAAUAAUAGGGACACACAUUUUUUUUUACUGUUUAUUAAAGAUUUGCUAAAACAAUUUGAUGUUGUACUCGGGAUCAAACCAUUUCGUUACCGUAAUGAACUUUAAUUGCUUUCUUAUUUCUUAUUGC